UAAAAGUCAGACAUGAAAGCCCUCGCUUCUCGAUAUAUAUAAUUACAUAUACCUGAAAACUCAACAAUCUCACGCAUAUGCAACAGCCGUUAAGAGAUGGAAAGAGCAAGGAAACGAUGGCCGAGUGGAAGAGGAAUCAGGGUGAGGCAGAAGACGAAGAGAUUGCGUGCGAGAGUGAGAAGCUUUUUCAGGCUACUCAGGAGCUGGUGCUGCAGGAGGCGUCCGCUGGUCAGAGAAGACGAUCUUUCCUUGCUCGAUUCAACGCGUCCGAGUCUCAGACACUCCCCGGCGAGAUGGAGGAAUACCCGGAAGAGCUCAGGACGCCGCCGGUAAGUCUGGUGGCUCUCUUCGGAUACUCGGAGCUACACGCGUCCAUCACUAAGUAUCUCCACUCCCAGCAGCCUCCCAUCAACGCUCUGGCCUUCCCCGACUUCUCUCAUAUCUCUCUCCUCCUUGCUCCUGAUGAUCAGAUCAGCCGAACCUCCUCCUUCAGAGAUCCUCUCAGCGUCGCCGAUUCUUCCUCUCCCAUUCCUUCCAGAUGCGGCGGCAUCUUGAAACGGGACUGGUUGCUUAAGCAUCGCACCAAGGUCCCUGCACUUGUCGCGGCCUUCUUUCCCUCACAUCACAUCUUCGGCGAUCCAACUCAAUGGCUACAGGUCUGCUCCGAUCUCGACAGCCUCAAAUCCGUAAUCCGUCCCAAAAACAUCAAACUGGUGGUUGUCGUGGUCCAGUCCUCUCCCCAUGAGGAAAUUAGCGAAGAUCGUCUGGUGGCAUUGCGAAAGCGGGCAGAGUUAGAUUCUAAGUACGUGCUCUUCUUCAAUUCCAGCAUAGACUCUGAACUCACACACUCUCUCUCCAGACUCGCUUCUGCAUUUGCAGAGUUGGCCCUUGCUUAUUACAGAGAAGAAGGACGGAGAAUCAAAAGCCGAGUUGAGAAAAAGAGUUCCAAUUCUCUUGAUUUGAAUGUUCGCUACUGUUUUAAAGUCGCUGUAUAUGCAGAGUUUCGUAGAGAUUGGGGUGAAGCACUCAAGUUUUAUGAAGACGCAUAUCAUUCCUUGCACGAGAUGAUCGGGACAUCGACUAGGUUGCCUGCAAUACAACGCUUGGUCGAGAUCAAGAUCAUCGCUGAGCAAUUGCAUUUCAAGAUAUCGACGCUUUUGUUGCAUGGUGGAAAACUCAUAGAAGCAGUGACAUGGUUUCAUCAACAUAAAGCAUCAUAUGAAAAGGUUGUUGGAUCCACAGACUUUAUUUUUCUCCAUUGGGACUGGAUGAGUAGGCAGUUUCUUGUCUUUGCUGAGUUGCUGGAGACAAGCUCAGCAACUGGUCAGAGCUUUUCAUCCUCAAACCAAGGAACUGCGGAAAUAUCUUUGACUGAGUUUGAGUUUUAUCCUGCCUAUUAUUAUCAGUUGGCUGCUCAUUACUUGAAGGAUAAGAAAUCUGCCCUGGAACUGUUGUUGUCAAUGUCUGAAAUAGCUCAAGAGAUUGAUACCAGCUCUGCAUCCAUUACUCCUUCAGUCUAUGUGGGUCAGUUCGCUCAGUUACUUGAGAAGGGAGAAACUCUUACUCUUCACUCUAUAACGGAUGAAGAAUACACACGGUAUACAAUUUCAGAAGCAAAGAGAUUUCAGGAUUCCCUUGAAAUUAUUGCUUGGCUGAAGAGAUCUUAUGAAUCAUUUACGAACCUUAAAGCCCGGAGGAUGGCUGCCCUUUGUGCCUUUGAACUAGCCCGGGAGUACUUUGAUUCGGCUGAUCCCAGCAACGCAAAAUUCUUUUUCGAUAUUUCUGCAAACUUGUACAGGCAAGAAGGUUGGGUAACUUUGCUCUGGGAAGUGUUGGGUUACCUGCGAGAGUGUUCGAGAAAUCUUGGUGCUUUGAAAGAUUUUGUAGAGUUUUCACUUGAAAUGGUGGCACUGCCUGUAACAUCUUAUGACAAUUCUGGGAACUUGAGAAACAAAAAUUAUGGUCCUGGAGGUCCUGCAACCAUUUCAGGAAGAGAAAGUAUUCAUCGAGAAGUUUUUACUCUUGUCUGUCGUGAAGCCGAGCCGUUAUCCUCUACCGAAGGAAGGGGGUUCAAAUUAGCCACCGAUAGCCCUCUUCAUCUUGAAAUUGAUCUUGUCAGUCCUCUGAGACCCGUUCUCCUAGCUUCAGUUGCUUUUCACGAGCAAAUGAUCAAGCCUCGCACUUUGUGCUCUUUUACAUUGUCACUACUUUCUCAUCUACCUCUUCCGGUUGAAAUAGAUCAUCUAGAAGUUCAGUUCAACCAAUCUACGUGCAACUUUGUCAUCAGAAAUUCCCAGAGGCCUCUGUGGGCUUCUGCGUCUAACACUGUGAAAAGUGGUAGCCAAGUAGAGAAUGAGCCAUCGCUGGUACUUGUGCCGAAUAAUUGGUUAAGGUUGACAUAUGCAAUCAAUUCUGAGCAAAGCGGCAAGCUUGAGUGUCUUUCAGUUCUUGCAAAAUUGGGGCCUCUUUUCACAAUCUGUUCAAGAGCCGAGAGUCCUGCUGCAAUGGAGGAUUUGCCUGUCUGGAAGCAUGAGAAUUGCGUGGAAUCUCUGCCAACAAAGGACCCUGUUCUUGCAGUAUUUGGCCAGAAAGCUACUCAAAUUGAUGAACCUGAACCACAGGUGGACGUCAGUCUAGGUGCUUCUGGUCCUGCCCUAGUUGGAGAAGAUUUUACGAUGCCUAUCGUGGUAACUUCAAAGGGUCAUGCCGUUUACAGUGGUGAAUUGAAGAUUAAUCUAGUUGAUGUGGGUGGUGGUGGUUUGUUUAGCCCUAGAGAAGCAGAACCGUUUUCUCUAGAAAGCCAUCAUGUGGAAAUCUGUGGUAUUGAUGGGGCAGAGGGAAACGAUGAAUCCGAGUCUGAAACUGGGAGCAUAAAGAAAAUUCAGCAAUCUUUUGGGCUGGUUUCUGUUCCAGACCUGAAGGAAGGAGAAUCAUGGUCGUGCAAACUAGAAAUAAAGUGGCAUAGACCCAAGCCUGUCAUGCUCUUUGUGUCAUUGGGUUACUUGCCACAUGGCAGUGAAGCCAAUACCCAAAAACUUCACAUACACAAGAGCUUGCAGAUCGAAGGGAAGAUGCCUCUUUUAAUAAGCAAUCGGUUUAUGUUGCCAUAUAGAAGGGAUCACCUAUUGCUCAAUAGGAUCAAGCCAGCCCCUGAUUCUGAAGACAUGUCUUCUCUGCCUCUGAACGAAAAAAGUGUGUUAGUUGUCAGUGCCAAAAAUUGCUCAGAAAUAGCACUGGAACUGGUGUCCAUGUCUAUUGAAUUUGAUGAUGAACUAGGGGAAACUUCAUGUUUGAUUCAGCAGGGUAGUGGGUGUGGAGAUUCCCCAAGCUCUGCUAAUCUUGCGCCAGGGGAAGAGUUCAAAAAGGUUUUCACAGUCAUACCAACUACGAGAACUCCAAAGCUUGGUUUGGGAUCAGUACAUUUAAAAUGGAGGAGACAGGGAGGUAACAUAACAGAGGCAUAUGUUUCAACAAAGCACAAACUUCCUGAAGUAAAUGUGGAGGCAUCCCCACUGGUAAUGAGUUUGAACUCUCCUCCAUAUGCCAUUCUUGGAGAACCCUUCACUUACGCCGUAAGAAUCUGCAACAAGACACAGUUGCUGCAAGAAGCAAAGUUUGCUCUGGCUGAUGCACAGAGUUUUGUCCUGUCUGGGUCUCACAGCAAUACGGUUUCAGUCCUUCCCAAGUCAGAACACGUCUUAAGUUAUAAGCUAGUGCCCCUGACUUGCGGUGAACAGCAACUCCCAAAGAUAACUGUGACAUCAGCGCGAUAUUCUGCUGAGUUUCAGCCAUCUGCGGUUGCUUCAAGUGUCUUUGUGUUUCCCUCAGCCCCACAAGCCGAGAAAGCUAACUCUACCACAAAUUGGAGGAGAUUGAUGGAAAGCCGGCCGGGAGUUUUGGUCGUCGGUUCCUCUGGCGUCGGCAAGCGCACCCUCCUCUCUCGAUUGCUCUCUGUGGAAUUUGAGGAUUCAUCGGAGUCACCAUCUCAAACAGAAGUUCAUGGCUGGACGAUUAACACUAAGUAUUACACUGCGGAUGUUUCUGUAUGUAUAUCACAUAUUUGCGAUGACUACUCUCUACCCAAUCUCCCUCACUCACAUCCACUGGUGGCGUUAGUUAUGGUCUUCGACUUGAGUGAGCUGUCAACUCUUGUUGCUCUUCAAGACUGGGUUUCUCAUACCGACAUCAACAAUUUUGAUAUAUUGUUGUGCAUUGGUAACAAAGUAGAUCGUGUCCCUCAUCACCUAGCUCAUGAUGAAUAUAGACGACGCCUUUUGAAGGCAACAGACCCCUCUAGAAUUCUGUAUUCGGACAUUGAUGACUUUGGGAUCUCCGAAACCGAAGGAAGCAGCUUGUUGGGAAGUCAAGAUACAUCACUGGAUAUCAGAGGAGCAUGUCUUGAGUGGUGCUCUGAGAAUAACAUCGAGUUCAUUGAGGCUUGUGCCUCUAAUCCUGAUUUUGACAAGUGUUUAUCAGUCGAUGGAGAUUCUCAAGGGGUUGAACGUCUAUUUGGCGCUCUUUCGGCUCACAUGUGGCCUGGGAUGAUUCUGAAAUCGGGUGAUACGAUCAAUGAUCCGGUGUUAGCUCAAGGGGAAGAGUUGUCAGAAGAAGAAUCUGAAUAUGAAUUGGAGUAUGAAGUGCUAUCAGCAGGCUCAGGUGAUCCAUGGGAGAAUAUCGACGAAAGAUGGGUUUCUGCAAGUGAAACGCAUUCACAUGCAGAUGCUGGCGGAUCCACGUCACAGGAAAACCUCCAUGUGGAAAAUAAUAUGGUGAAAUCGAAUAAAGUUGUGGAUGAAGAGCUGCGGCCGUCAGGGUCACGGUUAGAGCCGCAAAAUGACACUGACAGAGCAAUAGUAACAGAUGAAAAACCUUUGGACACAGAAAAUGAAAAAUGUUAUGAGUUUGAAGAUGUGGAACAGCUGAUGUCAGAAAUAGGAAACAUCCGGGACAACUUGCGAUUGAUGCCUGAUUUCCAGAGGAGGGAAAUUGCUGCAAAUUUAGCGAUGAAAAUGGCUUCCAUGUUUGGAGGUGACAGUGAUGACGAGGAAGAACCUGAGUGAGUCUGUUUAUAUCAAUUAUUGUGGACGAUCGGUUUAAUCUUGUCUUCAUACAAUUUUUAUCAAAAUUCGUUUCUUGUUUUGCUAUAGAUUCUGGCAGUAAUAGUCAGUUGCUUGAUGUGAUACAACGCUAUUCUAGGUUAUCUGGGCCGACCUGUUAUGUAUCUCUUUACUUUGUCUCUCUAGAUACGUAAGAGCUCUAGAAUACAGCCUUGUACAAAAA